AUGCCAGCGGCAAGCAAGCCAACCCCGGUCUGCAGAGACAUCGAGGGGCUCGUCCUCAGCUACUACUUCAGCGACGAGAGCGUUCGCUCAGCCCUCGCCUACAAGCCGAGGUCAGACGACGUGUUCAUCGUCGGCUAUCCCAAAUGCGGUACCACCUGGAUGCAGUACCUCCUCUUCAACAUCUUCAGCGGCGGCGUGCCCCCGGUGGACAGGGCGGACUUCGAGGCCAAGACACCCUUCCUGGAGUACAGCGGAGCUCAAGGCCCCGACAGGAUGCCCAGACCAGGCGCCAUUAAGACCCACCUCCCGUUCGACAAGCAACCUUACUCGAAGGAAGCAAAGUACUUCUAUAUCACUAGGAACCCUUACGACUGCUGCGUCUCUUACUACCACCACACCAAGGCCUUGCCCGCUUACUACUUCGAGGACGGUACCUUCGACCAGUUCUUUGACGUCUUUGUCGAAGGGAAAGGGGAAUGCGGCGACUUCUUCGACCAGCUGCUGUCCUGGUACAAUCAUCGGGAUGAUCCCAACGUCUUCUUCGUGACGUACGAAAACCUCAAGAAGGACACGGAAUCCUGGGUGCUGAAGAUGGCCGAUUUCCUGGGCGUUGAGUACGGCGAGAGCUUGAGAUGUGACCCGACGGUACUGAAACGCAUAGUGGACGUAUCCAGCGUGUCGAAUAUGAAAAAGGCGUUUAACGACGCGUGCAAGACGGUGGGGCCUCAUGUCCCGGCGGCAUCGGUCGCUGACGGACCGCUGAAACUGGACAAAGAGUCGCUGGAAGCUGCAGUCAAGAAGCCGAUGACCGGUGAUUUCGUUCGCAAAGGCGUAGUGGGAGACUGGAAAAACUUUUUCGCGCAGGAAAUGAUCGACAGAAUGAAGCAGCGCAUUGCGACGAAAACGGCAGGCAGCAGUGUAAUGCAGCUGUGGAAUGAAUCCGAGCUUCCAUGA